GCUAUAUAUGUAUACACAGUGUAGUUCAAGCAACGUGUCGUUUAAUUUUCUGGCCUCUGUCAAAACCGAACAUAUCAUAAUUUUGAUAAAAUAAUAUAUAUAUAUAUAUAUUUAAAAUGUCUGUUACCAGUGGAAUAUCCUUUAUAUUGUCUUCCAUUAUAACCGUACUUUUAUUCUCUGGGAUGCAAAUGUAUCGAGCUUGGUUAACAUCUUCGCAAUUGCAUACCAUUCUUGGUGGUUACGUUGGAUCAUUAUUAUUUUUGUUUGUAUUAACAGCGUUAGGUAAUUUAGAAGCUACUGUAUUUGGAAAAUCAUUUCAACAGAAAUUAUUUCCAGAAGUUGUCUUCUCAUUAAUAAUUAGCUUGAUCUCAUCAGGAUUGGUACAUCGUGUAGCAACAACAACAUGUUUUUUGUUUUCCAUGGUAACGCUCUAUUACAUGAACCGAAUAUCUCAAGAAACUUAUGCAGUACCAAUACCAGCAAUGUCGAUGCAUUCAAAGAAAAGAAAGUAAAUGGUAUGAGCAUUGAAUCUAUUGCGUCAUACUGUUUUCAUGUAUCAUCAAUACUUGAAGUAAUAUCUUCAAUCUAUUAUCUCGUUUUGUAAAUUUUUGAUUAAAAAACAGAGAACGU